GGAGGAAAAUCAACGACGACGACGACGAAGAAGAAGAAGAAGACAAGGGCGAAGUUUCCUUUGCUUGCCUGGACACGCCAUCAUGGUCAAAACUUUUCAAGCAUACCUGCCCUCGUGUCACCGCACUUACUCGUGCAUUCACUGCCGUGCUCACCUCGCCAACCACGACGAACUCAUCUCUAAGUCCUUCCAGGGCAGUCAAGGUCGUGCCUAUCUCUUUAAUUCCGUGGUGAACGUGGGCUGUGGUCCUGCGGAGGAGCGAGUUCUGUUAACUGGCCUUCAUGCUGUUGCUGAUAUUUACUGUGAAUGUUGCAAGACCACCCUUGGGUGGAAAUACGAACAUGCGUUCGAGUCGAGUCAGAAGUAUAAAGAGGGCAAGUUUAUAAUCGAGCUUGCUCACAUGAUCAAGGAGAAUGGAUGGGAAUAGAUUGAGCCGAGGGUAAUCCGCAGCAAGAAAGGGAAUACCCCGAAUGAAAACACACACAAGGCCCAUCAAAACUUUUCCUGAUAUAAGAAUAAUGCCUACAAUGUUGUUCUAAUUGCAAUGUGCGGCCCCCUCCCCUCUGUCAAACCACCAACGAAAGUCUGUGAUUUCAUUUGUGAUUUGUAAUCUUAGUAACUUUUUAUGUUUCGGACAAUUCGACGCUGUUUUUCGUUCUUUCCGAUCGAUUCAUCAUACAAGCGAUGACACCGGCGAUCCGCGGCGUCGCGGAUCGAUUACACGUGGAAGUAUUGUAAAGAGAGAGAAAACAAAUUAUUUUUCAACAAACGAAGAAAAAGAAAAAGAAAAAAGACGGGAAAC